AAGAGUUAAUAAAAUGACAAAUAACUCAAUAACAAGUUUUUGUUUUUUAUGCCUUUAUUAAAUAAUGGUAUAUCUAUUGUUCUAAUAGAAAUAAUAGGUUUCCUUUAUUUCUCUUAUGAUAUUAAACAAAUGUGAUAGUAAAAUAUAUAAAUGUAAAAAAAUCUUCUAUGUCCAAGAACGAAAACAAUGUCUUCUAGUAUUUAUGAUAAAAUAAUUAAUAAAGAGGGCUCAAGGCCUUAUAAAUGUUGCGAAUAUGCAAGCAAAGUUUCUUUAAACCUUAAUCACUUCAGACGAGAUGGAAGAUUCUGUGACAUAGACCUUAUAUCCGGAAAAACAAUAAUUAGGGCCCAUCGAGUUGUAUUAGCAGCGAGUUGCGAGUACUUUGAUGCUAUGUUUAAUGAAGGCUUUGAAGAAAGUCAGAAAGGUAGAGUUGUGCUGCCUACUGUACCUCCAGGAAUACUUCCCAUGAUUAUUGACUUUAUUUAUACUGGAGAGAUUUCUAUAGAUAAAGCUAGUGUGCAGCACUUACUUAUCGCAGCUGACAUGUUUCAAUUACGAGAAUUAGUUAGAGGAUGUGGAGACUUUUUGAAAAGGGAACUACAUCCAUCAAACGCUCUUGGUAUAUUUAGGUUUGCAGAGACACACAAUUGCACUGAAUUAGCUGAAGAAGCAUUGGGCCAUGCACAGGCCAAUUGGAAUCUUGUUGCAAAUGGGGAUGAGUUACUGGAGUUACCUCUGCAACAACUGAUUACUUUAUUAUCAUCGGAGCAGCUUGAAGUCCAUAAUGAAGCUCAGGUUCUCCAUCCUGCAUUGAAAUGGCUUGAACAUGAUCCCGCAACACGCAGAAGGCACUGUUUUGAAGUUCUCAGACAUGUUAGACUGCCACUUAUAUCACCACAAAUCUUGGAUGAUGUCAUUAAGAAUGUGCAAGAUCCAUCCAUAGCAGUGGCUUUAAAAAACGUUAGAGUUGAUAUGAAAUCAGGUCGUGGUGCUCUGGUAUGUUUAUCAGCUGAACCCCGUGCUCGGGCUCGUCGUAUGCUGGUGGUGGCCGGCGGGUCCUGUCACGACGCGGCCCCACAUCCACCACAUUCAACUGACAAUAUACUGUCAUCAGCGCUCAAGUUUGAUCUCCAUAAGAGGGAGUGGGAGGAACUAUCUCCUAUGGGAAUAGCUCGUAUACAACCGGGAGUAGCGAGCCUGGGUGGAAGGGUGUACGCCGUUGGCGGAGAACAAGGCAGCCAGAUAUUAGCCAACGGAGAGGUGUACGAUCCACAGACUGACAAAUGGUCAUACAUUGCAUGUAUGAAAGAGGCUCGCUGUGAGUUCGGUCUAACAGCUUGGAAAGGCAACUUGUACGCUUUCGGUGGCUGGGUGGGAUCAGAAAUGGGUGCAUCCGUCGAGGUCUAUGAUCCCGUAUCUGACGAAUGGACACUCAUAGACAGGAUGCCUGAACCGAGAUUUGGGAUGGGCGUUGUUAAUUUUGAAGGGUUAAUCUAUGUAGUGGGUGGUUGUACCCACACAUGGCGUCACACCCGGGAUCUUCUCUGCUAUCAUCCUGCGUCUCGCAAGUGGCGCCCCCUGGCUCCCAUGCGUCACGCCCGCUCGCAGGCUGCGGCCGUUGUACUGGGGGCGCAUCUUUACGUCAUAGGAGGAAACGCACCGAGACGGACAGUACUAUCAUCAGUGGAAAGAUACAGCUUCGACGACGAUUCAUGGGAAGAAGUUGGUAGCCUGGUGGAGGCGAGGGCAGGGUGUGCGGCGGGCGCGGCGGACGGGCUGCUCGUGGCGGCCGGCGGGGACAGCGAGUGCGGCGGCAAGAGGGACUUCUACCGCGCCCGCACUACGCUCGCCUCCGUAGAAAUAUACGACCCGACACGAGAUACGUGGACGUCCACGACAUCUCUGCCUCAUUCACGAGCUGAAGCUGGUGCCGCCUUACUCUGACGGACCACAUCUCUCACUCGUACAAUCACACCCUCUCACUCGCACCAUCACACCCUCUCACUCGCACCAUCACAUCCUCUCACUCGCACAAUCAUAGCCUCUCACUCGCAAAUAAAUAUCUUGUUUUUUCCUUUGUAUUCGCACUUAAGGUAUUUAUCUUACACGUACAUUUCUUCAACCAAGCACCCAUUUAUUACGUCCAAACGUCUUAUUAAUAUAAAUUGUACUAUGAAUGGUUUUGAAUGUUGUGUUUGUACCGAUAUUGAGAGGCCAAAUGUAAGAUAGGGUUUAUUAAGUUAAAAGAUACAUUGAGACUAUAAAAUUAAUAUAUUUUAAUUGAUUUUUUUCACAUCAGUAAUUUAGCAUUAUUUUGUUGUAUUGUCUUCCAGAUUGUCUCAUGAGAAUCGUUAUGAUAGUUUUAGCCUAAACUCAUUACUUGCAGAAUUUCGAAUAAAUAAAAAAAUCAUAUGAAAUAUAUAUUAAAAGGAAGACAGAUACCAACGUAAUAGCAUUAUUAUAUAAUGUUUGUACGGAAAUACAUGUCACGGUAUAUGAAUAAUAAAAUAAGCUAAUACUUACUCACAAGAUCAUGUUACGGUGUAUUAUUUUAUGUAUUCUUCGACAUCACUAUUGGUUAUCGUGAAAUGAUUUCUAUGAUGCUAUAUAUGAACUGUAACAUAAUGAUAACUUUAUAAGCAGAACGACUGCCAGCAUUUAUGUAUAGUGGAUUAAGGUGUAGUGUAUAUUGCGAUGCGUUUCUCAUAUAUUUCUAUAUACAUUUUUCGACAGCAUGAAAUGUGCGU